AUGUCCAGAUACCUCCGCCAAUCCAGCCAGUUGGCUCGCCUGUCCCGCCUCUCCCAGACUGCGCGAAUCAGCAGGACAUUGCGCCCUUCAAUUGCCUCGCGGUCGACCCCAUUCGGAACGUUACCAGUGCGCGCGGAUGCUCCGUGGCGACAGUAUUCGACAAACUCGCCGAAACCUAACGAUCCCAAGAACAGCCAGAACCAGAACUCCCCAGAAGACCAAAAACAAAAUGCGGCGCCGAAGCCCACGAUGCGCCUCCCGGAAGGGUGGAUUCACCUAUCAAAGUCAGAAUUGGCUCAACUCGAUGCCUUUAUUCAACGACUUCCCGAGGCGCAAAAGUCAAGUAUCGAGGGUGUUCUAGAGGCGCUCCAGCAUACCGGAACGCCCAUGGAAACACGCGAACUUCUAAUUAAAAUGAGAGAAGGCUCCGGUCGGCUCUCUAUCAUCGACAAGGGCCGAUUACUAAGAGCCGUUGUUGUUACUGCUUCCCGAGUAGCCGAGUGGCAAGCCCUUCAGGACAGCCAAGGGAUGUUUAGGCCGAACUCGGAUCUUGACCAACAGCAGAGGAGUGAAAAGGAGCAGUCUUCGAAGAAUCAAGAUUCAGAACAAGGCAGCGAGACCGAAGCUGGAAAACAGUCCCAAGCUUCGCAACAACACUCAAACACAACUAGGCCAGGCCAGUCAAACCCUCAACCGUCGGGCGAUGGCAAAGCUGGUGGAGGUGGUGGAGGGGGCAACGGAAUACAGUGGAAUGAAGCCGUGCAAUCAACCGUUUUGAUUCUACUGACGUUGUUCCUGUGGGACUACUUCACCUCCGCUCCUGAUAAGGAAAUCACAUGGCAGGAAAUGAGGACGGCCUUCUUGGACAAGGGCCUGGUUCAGAAAUUUGUCGUCGUUAAUGGUUCAAAGGUCCGCGUGGAGCUGCACCCUGAGGCACAAGAAGCAAAUGGUGGUCGACAUUACGCUGCCUCAAUCGGUUCAGUUGAAAGCUUCGAAAGAAAUCUCGACCAGGCUCAGGCAGAACUCGGCAUUCCCUCAUCCCAGAGGAUACCUGUGAGCUACGAAUCCGGUGGCAGCACAUUGGGCAAUCUCUUCCUGGCCUUUGGGCCAACUCUCCUGUUCAUUGGUUUGAUCAUCUACACUCAGCGGUCAAUGGGUGGACGAGCUGGUGGCAGCGGUGGCGUCUUCAGCUUUGGCAAGAGCAAAGCCAAGAAAUUCAAUGCAGAGAGCGAUGUGAAGGUCAAAUUCACAGACGUCGCAGGAUUGGAAGAAGCCAAGGUUGAAAUCAUGGAAUUCGUGAGUUUCCUCAAGCAGCCAGAGAAGUUCGAGAAGCUAGGUGCCAAGAUUCCUCGUGGUGCCAUCCUGGCCGGGCCUCCUGGAACCGGUAAGACUCUUCUUGCCAAGGCUACUGCAGGAGAGUCAGGCGUGCCCUUCUUCAGCGUCAGUGGUUCUGAAUUUGUAGAAAUGUUUGUUGGUGUCGGUCCAUCUCGUGUACGAGACCUCUUCGCGGAGGGAAGGAAGAACGCUCCUUGCAUUAUCUUCAUUGACGAAAUCGAUGCCAUCGGACGCGCGAGACAGGAGAGUGGUCGUGGUUUCGGAGGCAACGAUGAACGAGAAGCUACACUCAACCAGAUUCUCACAGAAAUGGAUGGUUUCAAUACUCGGGAGCAGGUUGUGGUUCUGGCCGGUACCAACCGUGCUGACGUCUUGGACAAGGCGCUGAUGCGUCCAGGUCGUUUUGACAGGCACAUUUACAUUGACCGCCCUACAAUGAAGGGUCGAAAGGAAAUCUUCGAGGUAUACCUGAAGAAGAUUGUUACGAACGAAGAUCACGAGCAACUUAUUGGUCGCCUCGCUACUCUAACCCCUGGAUUCUCCGGAGCUGACAUCUCGAACGUCGUCAAUGAAGCUGCCCUCAUUGCCGCGCGAGCCAACGCCGAUGAGGUCAAGAUGAAGCACUUUGAGCAGGCGAUCGAGCGUGUCAUUGGUGGCUUGGAACGCAAGUCACUUGUUCUGAAGCCCGAGGAGAAGAAGACCGUGGCUUACCACGAAGCUGGCCACGCCAUUUGCGGAUGGUUCUUGGAACAUGCCGACCCUCUCCUUAAGGUGUCGAUCAUUCCACGUGGCCAAGGAGCGCUUGGCUAUGCUCAGUACCUACCCCAGGAUGCUUAUCUUAUGAAUGUCAACCAACUCAUGGACCGCAUGGCUAUGACGAUGGGUGGCCGAGUAUCAGAGGAGCUUCACUUCCCUACAGUAACUACUGGCGCAAGCGAUGACUUCAAGAAGGUGUCCCAGAUGGCGCGAAACAUGGUUACGCAGUGGGGGAUGUCGGAGAAGGUUGGGCCAGUCCAUUUCGAGAACGAUCCCAACCGCAUGGUCAAGCCAUUCGCCGAGUCCACUGCCCAGCAAAUAGACCAAGAAGUCCAUCGCAUUGUCGAGGAGGCCUACAAGCGGUGCCGUGAUCUGCUCACGGAGAAGAAGAAGGAGGUCGGACUGAUCGCAGAAGAGCUCUUGAAGAAGGAAGUGCUGGUCCGGGAUGACAUGGUACGGAUCCUCGGCAAGCGGCCUUGGGGAGAGUAUGAAGACUUCGAGAAGUACUUUAGCGGCGGGCCAGACAGUCCCCCACCACCUCCUCCUCGGGGCGAGGAAACUGAUACACCUCAAGAGCCUCCUGCCCCAGCACCAGCUACGCAACAGCUGUCAUCGGAUGAAGUUGCAAGCAGGUGA